AUGAGCCACGUAAACCGUAUCCGGCCAUCUCGAACUACUAAUGGAUUACAAAAUGGUGGUCAUCUACAAAUAUUACAGAACAGUGGACAGCCUUUAGGCCUUCAAAACACUACUGGUGCUUUCGAUUCCGUCCAACGAUAUCUAGAUCUACCAAAUUGUGAUACUAUUAAGGAACGUGGUAAUUCUGUAGACAGCUGA